AUGACUACCCUCAACCUGAAGCUCGGCCAGACGGUCGAGACUUCUGGCGGUGUAGACGGCAUCGUCCGCUACCUGGGUCCUAUCCACGUCUCAGAGGGACAGUUUGUGGGAAUAGAACUCCCAACUGCUACUGGCAAGAACGAUGGCUCCGUACGCGGAGAGCGAUACUUCACUUGCGCACCUCUUCACGGCCUCUUCAUCCGCGACACUAGCAUUGUCAGCAUCCUCUCUGAGGCAGCACCCGCACCGGCUCCUCCUACCCCACGAGCGCCUACAACCACUACAAGGACAACCACAUUGAGCAAGCGGCAGUCAGUCGCAGCUCCCUCAACAACACAACCGCCUUCGCGUGGCCCAAUUCGCAAGGCCAGCGUGGCGAGCACAUCAAGCAACUCUGCCGCUGAAUCCUCUCGCACUCCAUUUUCUCGACCCGAAUCCUCCCGCGCAGAACCGUCUCGUCCCGAAUCCUCUCGUCCUACACCAUCAGCCUCAAGACCGAGUCUUGCAUCUUCAGUCAAUAGCAAUGCUGGGAAAGCAUCGCGCGAUAAUAACAAGCAACACGCGGAAGAUCAAGAGCGCCUGAGGGAGUAUGCUCAGCGGCUACAGAACAAGUGUCAAGCCCAAUAUACCGAAAUCCAAGAACUCAAGGACAAGGACCACGAGGUGGACUUGGAGGAUGCCUUGGCAGAAAUCGAGUCGUUGCGCAAGCGUCUAGAAGAGCAGACACUGGAGCUGGACAUUCUUCGCGAUGAGGCCGACCUCUUCACAACUGAAAUGUCAGAGGACCAGAAGCAAGAGGCUGGAUACUACCGUCUCCAGCACGAGAAUGAUCGCAUGCGACAGGCGUUGAUCACUCUGAAGGAGAUGACAGAGGAGCGGGAACAAGACUUCAAGGCACACAUUCUCGGACUCGAGGCCGAUGUCUCACAGCUUGAGUACUACCGACAAGAUAACGCGAACCUCCAAGAACGUCUCUCUGUAUCCGAAAACCUCGUCGAUCACCUCAAGCAACAGUUGGACGCUGCCAAUGAAUGGGAGGAGAUGGUCGAGGAAAUCGCGGAGCAGGAUCUGGUUCUAGAAGCUCAACACCUUGAGCAAGAAGAGGACAUGCUUGCGGAGCUUGAAGCUAAGAACAGCGAGCUCGCAGAGCAAACACGCCAAAUUACUGAACAGACCAGCAUCAUCGCCGACCAGGAGUCCUUGAUCUCCAAAUUCCGAGACCUCUCUUCCAAGACUAUGACGGAAGCUCAAGUCAAGGACACCACUGGUCGAUUUAACGAAGUUAUGGACCUGAAUCGCCAACUUCGUGCAGCCACUGUGUUGUCGACCACACGAGAGAUUGAAUCUUCGCUGAUUUGGAACGAGACAGAGUCCAAGGAGUUCACUCGAAGCGAGUCUCUCCAAGCGUAUCUCACCACAGAAAGGAUCGCCGGGAAAUCCGACCUGCUUGUCAAUGUCUUGAGGAGCACCUGUCGCCACAUGAGCAAUGGCGGUCGAUUGGACGAUGCCGUCUCCAGACUCGUCUGCGAAGACAACCGUCUCUGGUCUGCCAUUCGUGGCUUGUCUUUGGCCGAAUUCGCCAAUUUCGGCCCGACGUACCAGGAACUGAUCUCGGUAGAGCAGGCAGACACACUCAACUUUGAAGAAUUUGCUGGGUCCCUGGAGCGAUCGACCAAGACACAUGAAGCAAUUCUGUCAAGCCACCAAGAGGUCCUUGCUGCACGACCAGAGGGGGAAUUCCUCUCCAUGGCGACAUCUCUCCACGCGAGGAUAAAUUAUAUCCUCUACAUUUACGAUUUGGCACACUUUGUCCUACAGAAAAUGCUCGUCCAUUUCAACGAGCCAUUGCUGCGGACUCUGAAGGCUCUGGCUCAGGAUCACAUGUACCCUGAACAACCACAUGAUUUCGAGGAGGCUAUCAAAUACGACGAAAAACUGGCAUCGGCUGCUGGAACCCUUGCCGCUUUCGUCUGCAGCCUCAUCGAGGAGCCAAUCCCUGCUCGUGAGCUCCGCGUGAUCAAAGACAGCAUCGAUAACCUCGAUGAUGAUCAGAAUUAUACUUUCAUGUUUGCCCACCUGAGCAGUCUUACUAUCCAUCUAAAUGCCUGGGCCGACCAACAUGGACCUACGCCCUGGGCUCAAAAGGCGAAGGAGGUUGAGGCGGGACGAAAGAAGGACGACGAGGCUCAUCGUGCCACUGUCCUGAAGAUUCACGAGCGAGAGCAAGUCAUCGCUACCAAGGAGCUCGAAAUCGAGCACUUGAUGGCUAAGAUCAAAGAUGCUACCAGCAAGACCGAAGGUCUCGAGGCUCUCCAAGAAGAGCUCACGAGUCGUCAUGAUAAGAUUAUGGAUCUUCAGGCUCUGAACCGAUCCCAGAUGAUGGAGAUUGAGGCUUUGAGAGAGCGCUUGGCCAAUGCCGACGAGCAUGCGCCAAACGACGCAGGACAUGCCAUGGAGACCACUACCGCUCCAGUCGAACAACCUCGGGAAGAGCAUGACCCGUUCGCUCAUCCCAGCAAGCUCAACACUAUGCUCGACGCCCUCGAGAAUGAGAACCAUUGGCUGCGCAAGCGUGAAAACAACUUUGCAUUCCAAUGGAACCUGCGCGAGACGUUGGUCGAUCUGGCCACCUACAAGCAUAUCGACAAAGAUACCAAGAAAAUCUAUGAGGGACUUUACCUCGAUGACGAUGAAUCCGACGAUUAUGAUCCAUCAAGCCCAGUGCUCGAGGAGAACCCAACAUAUCAAAUCCCGAACGCACAUGGUGCUGGCCGACCUAAGAUGUCGGCUAUCGAACUCAGUGGCAUCAGCCUAGGCUGGGAAGAGCGCGCACAUAGCCAUAAGGUGGCCUUGGAGCAAGCCGAGGAGGACUUCGUCCACCUGUCCAUGCUUGGUGAGGACUACGACGACUUGUCAUUUAUUGCGGUCUAA